GGAGCCUGACUAUACUAUCAAACUGAUUCCAUCAGCGAAGAAUCAUCAUACCACAACUAUCUUCGCAAACGCCACAGCGAUUUAUUGCGUUGGUUGUAACGAGCACGAGCACGCAAAGUACCAAGCCGCCAAACCCAACGAUAAGUCACAAUGUUCGCACGCCCAUUACAAGGCGCUAGCACAGCAACGAUCGAGCGACAACCAGCAUCGUCGCUCAACGCUCCUCACCAGUAUACGAUCUCCGAUUAUGGCUACGGCAAGGAUUGUGUUAAGGUCUUGCAUGUUAAGAGGAAUGGGCCAGUGCACUCGAUAAGAGAAUUCGAAGUGGGCACACAUUUGAAAUUGUACAGCCAAAAGGAUUACUUUAAAGGCGAUAACUCGGACAUUGUCGCCACCGAUUCGCAGAAGAACACUGUCUAUUUGUUAGCGAAAAAACAUGGUAUUGAGGAUCCGGAAAGGUUUGCUCUGUUACUUGCUAAUCACUUCCUCAACAAGUAUUCACACGUUGCUGAGGCACAUGUACAUGUCGAGGAGUAUCCUUGGGAGCGCAUCACACAAGAGGACGACGGCGACAAUUACGCCUCAAUCAGCGAACGUCAGCGUCACAAUCAUGCAUUCAUCUUUACGCCCAUUGCGCAGCGCUAUUGCGAUGUUUUGGUGAGACGAGCAGAUCCCAAAGUGACUGUAAUUUCCGGAAUUAAGGGUCUCCGUGUGCUGAAGACCACGCAGUCUUCGUUUGUUAACUUUGUCAACGAUGAAUUCCGCUCCUUACCAGAUCAAUACGAUCGUCUUUUCAGCACGGUCGUCGAUUGCUGUUGGGAAUAUUCCGAUAUUAAUGAUGUGAAAUUUUGCCAAACCUGGAAUAAGGUGAAAAAUAUUAUUAUUCGAAAUUUUGCUGGCGAUACAAAUGUGGGCGUAUCUUCGGUAUCUGUGCAAAAUACGUUGUAUCUCUCCGAGAAGGAGGUACUCGAUGUUAUACCGCAAAUUUCGGUGAUUUCAAUGACUUUGCCAAACAAACAUUACUUUAACUUCGAUACGAAGCCAUUCCAAAGCGUUGUCCCCGGUGAUAAUAAUGAGGUCUUCAUUCCCGUCGAUAAGCCACAUGGCACCAUCUAUGCGCAAUUGUCUAGAAAAGAUCUGAAAAGUCAUUUAUGAAAGGGGAAGAUGGAAUGAAAAUUUCUU